CCCUUCCCGCCCCCCUCCCCGGGCAGCAGACACCAACUUCUGCUCGCGAACUCCGUCCUGCCCCUUUUUUGGCCCAGGGCGACCUCGACAGCCCUGACAGCGACAGGCCCGCCGCAGUGCCCAGAAAGGCCCCCGGUGGCCCAGCGCCUCCCCGGCUCUUUCUGGAUGGAGGCGCCUCAGGAAGGAGCUGGCUGACGCUCUGGCCUGCACUCUCCAGCCGCUGCUGACCACACCUCCCCUAGUGCAGAGGCCUCCGUGAGGAGCAGGAAAUGCUGCACCAGCUUCCUUCCUUCCUCUCAGCACAGCUGGCUCCCCGGGAUUUUGGUCUGAACGCUAGGAUGGAGCUGGGGGCAGCGACGGAAACCUUCGUGCUGGAGCUCCGGUGUCUUGAAGAUGGGGGCCCAGGGCCUGGCACCCUGUCAGGGUGAUGAACAAGUGUGGGAGAGGUGUUGGAGACGAGCAGCCCUGCAGAGAGAACUUCUCCUUGAUGCUAUCAGAGGACGCGGAAGAGAAGCGACAGGAAAGGCGACAAGGCCGAGCCGCGGCUCCUCUCUGGGGAAGAUGGCAGCCCCGAGAAUGACCCCGGACUCACCAGCCGCGCAGCUGGCGAAGGCGGAGGAUGGGUUGGAACACGCUCCUGCUCAGGAGGAAGAAGAGGAAGAAGAAGGAACGGGGCAUGCGGCGGAGCUAGAGGAGGAGGAAGAAGAGAUCGCGGUGGAAGAAGGGGAGGACAAGGAGAUGCUGGAGGCAGAGGAGGAGGGCGGGCAGGCAGGGCACGUGGACCAGGUGGAGGUGGAGCUGGAGGAGGACGAGGAGGAGGUGGUGGCAGAGGCGCAGAGUCCGGCCUUGGGGACCCAGGAACGCCGUAGCCGUGGUGCUGAUGCCAAGUCGCCAGUACUUCAGGAACAGGCCUUGCAGGUUCCAGCCACACCUAGGGAUGAGGACCUGGAAGAGGACGAGGAAGAGGAGGAGGAGGAGGAAGAGGAGGAGGAGGAAGACGAUGAUGAUUCCCUGACAGCUGGAUCUCAGGGGCUGGUGACCUUUGAAGAUGUGGCUGUGUACUUCUCACUGGAGGAAUGGGAAAGGCUGGAUGUGGACCAGCGGGACCUUUACAAGGAUGUCAUGCAGGAAAACUAUGGGAUCCUGGUGUCCUUGGGCUACCCAAUCCCCAAGCCGGAUCUGAUCUUCCGGCUGGAGCAAGGGGAGGAACCCUGGGUCCCAGACAGCCCCCGUCCUGAGGAAGGAGACAUUGUCACUGGCGUCUACACAGGGGCCUGGUUCUGGACCGACGACCUAGACGACCACGAGGAGGAGGAGGACGAAGACUUCCUGGCGGAGGUGGCCGAGGAAGAGAAUGAGCCCCCAGGGCUCUGGUCAGCGGCCUACGGCGUAGGAGACGUUCCUGGGACGUGGGGCCCCGAUGACUCGGAUUCAGCGCAGACUCCAGAGGGGUGGGGUCCUGACCCUGCGGGCCUUGGGGUCCUGGCCGAGGGGUCCGAGGCGAAACCCUUCCUGCCGGGCCGGGAGCCUGGCGCGAACCUGCUGGCGCCCUGGGCGUUCCCUGCCACUGUGGCAGCUCCGACCGGGCGGCCCGAGACCACGUGCGACGUGUGUGGCAAAGUGUUCCCGCACCGGUCCCGGCUGGCCAAGCACCAGCGCUACCACGCGGCCGUCAAGCCCUUCGGCUGCGACGAGUGCGGCAAGGGCUUCGUGUAUCGCUCGCACCUGGCCAUCCACCAGCGCACGCACACCGGAGAAAAGCCCUUCCCGUGCCCGGACUGCGGCAAGCGCUUCGUCUACAAGUCGCACCUGGUCACGCACCGGCGCAUCCACACGGGCGAGCGGCCCUACCGCUGCGCCUUCUGCGGUGCGGGCUUCGGGCGCCGCUCCUACCUGGUCACGCACCAGCGCACGCACACGGGCGAGCGGCCUUACCCGUGCCCGCACUGCGGCCGCAGCUUCAGCCAGAGCUCAGCGCUCGCGCGGCACCAGGCGGUGCACACGGCCGACCGGCCGCACUGCUGCCCGGACUGCGGCCAGGCCUUCCCUGCCACCCUGCUGGAGUUCGCGGGCGGAACGAGCUUCGGCUCUGAGCCGACGGCCACCUUCGCGGGGCCCUCGGGCGCCUACGAGGAGAGCAUCCUGUGA